AUGUCGAGGAACUUCAAACUAAGGUUCAAGUUCCAGUUCAUGAAGCUGAAGAUCAACUCGAUCAAUCAAUAUCAUGCAACAAGUUCCACGACUGCUCUAGUAGUAGAGAAAUUGCCAGAUUCAUUUAUCGAGUUCCUGUGUGCACUACAACAUUCAUUCAAUCAAUUUAUCAAUGACAUCGACAAAGGAACUCAGAGAAGAUGCGGUGAGGGAAGUGAGUCGGCUCUGCACCUGUUUACCCUAUGCAGGGAGAGCCAACUGCUUUGGAGGUUAUCACCCUUACGACUUGAGAUGGGGGAGUGUGUGCAUCAUAACUUCGGUGAGUGGUGCACGGCUAUGGCCAAGCAACACAGUAGUGAUAAAACAUGGGAGAUAGUCAUGAUGGUAAUGUGGCAAAUAUGGAAUGUACGCAAUGGGUGGAUUUUUGAAAAGAAAAAGCUUGACCCCAUAGUGACCAUUUCCAAAGCAAUGCACCUGCUAGGUGAGUUCGAGGCCGCGGACACUCGUGAGGUUGCACCAUUGGUGAAUAUAGCUAGAAGUGAUGAGGGAAAAUGGAGCCCACCGUCCAUAGCUCGUUACAAGCUUAACACCGAUGCAACAUUAUCCAAGGAGGGGAAGGUCGGUUUGGGGAUGGUGGUACGUGAUGGCUAUGGGGAUGUGAUGAUGGCUGCGGGACGUACACUGGAUGGUCUUACAGGAGUGCUAGAGGAGGAGGCGGAGGCGAUGUUAUUUGGCCUAAAGUAUGCGUAUGAUGCAGGCCUUAGAAGAUUGGAAGUGGAGUAUGAUUGCCUUCAACUUGUGGAGCUCGCAAAAAAGAACCAGGAGUUAAGGUCUACUGCUCAGAUGAUUGUGUUUGACAUAAUAAAACUAGUUAGUGCUUUUGAGUAUUGUAGUUUUGCAUUUAAUUACAGAAAUUGUAACACAGUGGCACACUCUAUUGCACAUUACUCACUUUAUCUUCAAGAAGUGAGAGUGUGGAUGGAGGAGUGCCCACCCAAAGCUCUUCCCCUUGUUGUAGCAGACAAGAUGGGCUUACUUUCUCAUUAA